CAAUAAUGUUUAUAGUUGAUUUCAGUCAGAUGGAAUGGCUUCCUGUUAUUCUUCUUUUCCUCCUCCCAGUGUUUUCAUUGCUUCUUCUAACGAAAAAGAGGAGAAUGGAAGGUAUUAAGCUUCCUCCAGGCCCUCUAAAACUACCUGUCAUUGGAAACUUGCAUCUAUUGGGAAACUUGCCUCACCGCUCCCUUGAAAAAUUGUCCAAGAAAUAUGGCUCGGUCAUGUUAUUGCAGCUAGGUAGUGUACCUACUGUGAUUGUUUCAUCAGCCAAAGCAGCUAAACAAGUCCUCAAAACUCAUGAUCUUGAUUGUUGCAGCCGUCCUGCAUCCCCAGGUGGAAACAGAUUUUCAUACAAUGGUCUAGACGUGGCGUUUUCACCAUAUGGUGAUUAUUGGAAGGAAAUGCGCAAAGUUUUCAUUUCUGAGCUCUUGAGUAUGAAGAGGGUACAAUCUUUUGCAUAUGCAAGGAAAGCUGAGGUUGACAAAUUGAUCGCUUCUCUAUCUCAGGCUUCUCCGAAGCCAGUCAACCUCAACGAAAAAAUAUUUGCUCUCGCAGAUGGUAUCAUUGGGACGGUUGCUUUUGGUAAGAUAUAUGGAACAGACCAAUUCAAUAAUCAAGAAUUUCACAAUGUUCUUGGUGAGGCUAUGAACAUGAUGGCUAGCUUCUCAGCAGAGGAUUUUUUCCCUAGGAUAGGAAGGUUUGUAGAUGCUUUGACAGGAUUCAAAGCUAGGCUUGAGAAGAGCUUUUGUGAGCUCGAUGCUUUCUUGCAAGUGGUGCUUGUCCAACAUCUUGAUCAUUCAAGGCCUAAAGCAGAGCAUGAAGAUCUUGUUGAUUUCCUGAUUGGAUUAAUGAAAGAUCAAAGCAAACCUUUCAGGGUAACAGAGAACAAUGUCAAGGCAAUGCUCUUUGAUACAUUUUUUGGCGGCAUAGUCACCACUUCUAUUACAAUUUUAUGGGCAAUGUCAGAGCUGAUCAAGGAUCCAAGAGUGAUGAACAAGGUGCAAGCUGAAAUAAGACAUUGCAUUGGAAGGAAAGCAAAAGUAGAAGGAGAAGAUCUUGCAAAAUUCAAGUACCUAAAAAUGGUUGUUAAGGAGACCUUCAGAUUACAUCCACCACUCACUAUAUUACUCCCCCGAAAGGCAAUGCGGCAAUUCAAAAUUGGUGACUAUGAUAUACUUCCUAAAACAAGAAUUUUGGUUAAUGUUUGGGCUAUUGGCAGGGACCCCAACAGUUGGGAAAACCCCAAUGAGUUUUACCCUGAAAGAUUUGAGGAAAAUGAGUUUGACUUCAAAGGGUCAGAUUUUAAUUUGUUGCCUUUCGGAGCUGGUCGUCGAAUUUGCCCCGGAUUGGCAAUGGGAGCCACAAAUGUUGAGUUCACGUUGGCUAACUUAUUGUACUGUUUUGAUUGGGAGCUGCCUAGUGACAUGAAGAGAGAAGAUAUAAGUAUGGAAGAAGAAGGUGGACUUGCUUAUCAAAGGAAGACACCCCUUUGUCUUGUGCCAAUAAGAAACAAUUCCUAAAGCCCAAAAAAAACUCUUUAAUAUAGAGUUUGCAUGGAUUGGAUAGCACUAGAAAACGAGAAAAAAACAGCGGUCAGGGAAAUUAAUUUAUGGAUAAUCUCUUUUAAUUUGAAUAACUCGUUUUCGUACUGUUUUAGUUAUUUUUCUUUGUUGCAUUGUUUCCUGACGGAGUUCCGUGUUGAAUUUAAGAUUAUCAUAAUUACUCAAUCAAAGCAAUGUAGGAUUCCUACACGUUACUCUCUUUACUUUAAUAAU